ACGUGCCAGAAAAAUUUUCCGAAACCACCGGCCUCAAACACCUUUCUCUACCUAUGCCGCCCAUUUUUCACUUUGAAAAAUUUGCCAAAUUCGCCUCUCUCCCAAACACCCAAGCUUUCUCUUUCUUUCCCCUUUUAUCCUCUGCUAACAGACCCUUCAUCACCGUCAAACACCAUUAAGCAAACCCCCAUUUCAUCCAUGCAAUGGCAGAGUCAAGAGAUAGAAUCACGAGAGCCAUUGAUAUAGCAGAAGUCUUCGCUCGAAGACGGUCUGGGCCUUUGGGAAUCGUCUCAGAUGAAGCACAGGAAUUGUUAGGCUCCCCUGGUCAACAAGCAGUUAUGCGUAGGCCAAUGGCCGUUAGUGUUACUACUUCUACGGCGCAUGGUGGAGGGAUCCGCAGGGAUAGCAUUUUUCGGACCCCAAGAUCCGGUAUUAGACGUGGACGGAAUCUUUACCGAUCGACGGCUCCGGGAAGAGAGAAUGCUCCGGCAACAGAGAGUACUGUGGGCCGUGGAAGAGGUCGAGCUACCGACAGUGUGUUACCUUCUUGGUACCCAAGAACUCCUCUCCGGAAUAUUACUGCUGUUGCGAGGGCCAUUGAAAGGAGGAGAGCUCGUUUAGGAGAUGGUGAAAGCCUUAUAGUUGAGAGCCCAAUAUCCCAGGAUGAAAGGGUUCUUAAUUCAAAUGUAUCUUCAGGUACUCAACUCGAGCACAAUUUCUCUACUCCAGCUUCAACUUCCAGAUUGAAGCCUUGUCCUCCAUCAGUCCGUAAUGUGUCAAAGAUUUUGCUUAAUGUCACUAAUCAGAAUGCUGAGGAAUCAGAGCUUCUUACACCCCAAAAGAAACUCUUGAAUUCAAUUGACAUUGUAGAGGAAGCUGUCAUGGAGGAAUUACAGAAAAUGACGAGGACUCCCAGCGCCAAGAAAGCAGAAAGACAAAAGAAAGUCCGUACUCUGAUGUCAAUGCGUUGAUCUCUAGUGCAUUAUGCAACCACAAGGAUUGGGAAGAUAGCAUCAGUGAGAGCAAUUGGAAGGCUAGAGAUUGCAAAUCACCCCGCAGUGGAAGCUGGCUAAUCAUCCUCUGAUGAUAUGUUUUAGAUACAUUACCAGGUUGCAUAGAUACUUUCUAUCUUUUUUUAUUUUUUUUAAAACAUUUCGACAUAUUACUAAACGUCUUCCUAUAGGAUCAGGAGGCAAUUUUCCUUCAAUCCUCACUGAAGGUCCUGCUAUAAGAUUGGUAGGCAAUCACGUUCUUCUCUCCUUCAUUCUUUGAAGGGACCAGUAUAGGAAUAGGAGGAUUUUGCUUCAACCCAUGUAGAUAAUACUUCUUGUUUGGACUUGCUUCACAUUUUUUUGGGCUCUAUAUUCAUGUUACCAUUCAAGUAUCAUUCGAAUUGGUGCUUCACU